CCUCUUUCCCUUCCCUCCCUCCCUCCCCUCUUCUCCUCUACACUGCACCCAAACCCUCACCCCCCAACCCAUCGGGCCGGGACCCAUGAAAUUAAAGGCAGGAAUCUGAUCUUCGGAGCCUCUCUCCCUUCCUCCCUUCCCCCUCCCUCCCCCUUCCCUUCCAACUCAGGCUUGGAGCUGCAGUCAGGGAAAUCGAGAUCCUUUGUGGGAUUUCCAUUGAAUCCUUCUCUGAUUGGACGCUUCAUUCCAUACUAGCUUGGGAGUUCUAUUGGAGGAGAUCCUGUUUCAGGAACUAGACCGCUGUUGCACCCUUCACUCCCCCGGAAGCACUGAGAGUGUUGUCAUCAGACAGCCCAGUGACCUUGACUCAUUCAUCUGUCCCUCCGGGCCUGCUCUGCUGUCUGCUAAGUGAGCCCUCCCUCAGGCUUCCUCCCUCUGGGCUUCUGAGCAGUCGUGAUGGAGAACUCCUCAGCAGCUUCAGCCUCCUCAGAGGCAGGGAGCAGCCGUUCUCAGGAGAUCGAGGAGCUGGAGCGCUUCAUUGACAGCUAUGUGCUGGAGUACCAGGUGCAGGGGCUCCUGACCGACAAGACAGAGGGUGAUGGGGAGAGCGAGAAGACUCAGUCCAACGUCUCGCAGUGGCCUGUGGAUUGCAAUGACCAAUUGGAUGGCAGCUGUUCAUCCUCCCAAGGGAGAGGCCCCUCUCAACAGAAUGGCAACAAAGACAACUCUGUGGACAUGUUGGGGACUGAGAUCUGGGCUGCCAAUACCUUUGAUUCUUUCCGGUGUGGAAAAGGGAAGCUGGAAGAUGGAGAAGGAAUCAACUUGAAUGACAUAGAGAAAGUCCUCCCUGCCUGGCAGGGUUAUCAUCCAAUGCCCCAUGAAGCAGAGAUUGCACAUACAAAGAAAUUAUUCCGACGGAGAAGAAACGAUCGGAGGAGACAACAAAGGCCCCCAGGUGGGAACAAGUCCCAGCAGCAUAGUGACCACCAGCCAGGUAGUGCCAAACACAACAGGGACCACCAGAAAUCCUACCAGGGGGGCCAGGCACCCCACCCCUCAGGGAGGCCCAACCACCAUGGCUACAGCCAGAACCGACGGUGGCACCACAACAACCCGAAACAUCCACCUGGCGACAAGGAGGCUACUACCCACCGCAACAACGCCAAAGAAACGGAGAGCCUGAAGAUCGAGGAUGCCCCCGUAUGCACAGUGCACAUCCCCCUGGACAUGCACCGGAACCCCGAUGCCUCACCAACGGAGAGGUCACCACCCCAGCAGCCUGGAGGCCUGGAGGUGGAGGCCAAACGAAAAGACAGUAUUAUUAAUGAUCGGAUUGGGGAGCGGCCCAAAAUUAACCUGCUCCAGUCUUCCAAAGACAGGCUGAGGCGAAGACUAAAGGAAAAGGUACCGGAAGAAGUAACGGUGAUGCCUCCCAAUCCCCAGAGGAACAAAAUGGACAAGCUGAUAGAGAUCCUGAACAGCAUGAGGAACAACAGCAGUGAUGUGGACACCCAACUCACCACCUUUAUGGAAGAGGCCCAGAACUCCACCAACUCUGAAGAGAUGCUGGGAGAGAUCGUCCGAACCAUCUACCAAAAGGCUGUGACAGACCGGAGUUUUGCCUUCACGGCCGCGAAACUCUGUGACAAAAUGGCCCUGUUCAUGGUGGAAGGGACCAAAUUCCGAAGCCUUCUCCUCAACGUGCUGCAGAAAGACUUCACUAUGCGGGAGGAGCUACAACGCCAAGACGUGGAACGCUGGUUGGGAUUCAUCACUUUUCUCUGCGAGGUUUUUGGCACCAUGCGCAGCAGUACUGGUGAACCAUUCCGUGUCCUUGUCUGUCCCAUCUACACCUGCCUCAGGGAGUUGUUGCAAUCUCAGGAUGUGAAGGAAGAUGCAGUACUUUGCUGUUCCAUGGAGCUGCAGAGCACAGGUCGACUUCUGGAAGAGCAGCUGCCUGAAAUGAUGACGGAGCUCUUGGCCAGUGCCCGGGACAAGAUGCUGUGCCCCUCAGAGUCCAUGCUGACACGAUCGCUGCUUCUCGAGGUCAUCGAGCUGCAUGCCAACAACUGGAACCCCUUGACACCCACCAUCACCCAGUACUACAACAAAACUAUCCAGAAACUGACAGCCUGAGGAGGCAGGGUGGGGUGGGCCGGGAGGGCUGGCAGGCCGGGGGGGCCCCAAGGAGGGCAGGGAACAGGAAGGAACAGGACAGGACAGGACCAGGAGGAAAGGGGAUGGCCGCAGUAGGAGAAAGACCACGCACCUUAAAUAAAGCAGAAAGGCAGGGCAGACAGGCCCGAUGACAAAUCCAGAGAGGGAAGGGAGAAAAGCCCUGAGGAUUCAGUACCUAAGAGGAGCCACCACCCCCUGCUCCAUGCAUGCGGCAGUACACAUCCAUAAAGGAUGCAUGUCUCUUUUUAGCAGGGGCCCCCUGCCAUCUCCCUCCCUAUUUUCUUGAUUCCUUGUCCCCCAGUUCCCCUACCCCUUCCCAACUCCAUACACACGCAUCCCCUGCAGGGUUUCUGCUGGAGGGGGUUCAUUCUUGUGACUCCAUCGCAGCCGUGACAGACGCUCACUCACCCUGGGACACCAUUUGGGUCAGAAAGGACCACAGAGGGUUGAAAACAGGCGUCCGAGUCUGGUCUGCUAUUGUUUUCCACCCCACCCCACCCCCACUCCCCAUUAUGUCAGUUUGCAGUAACCAACUGGUGGAGGCGACACAUGGCAGAUGUCUUGGGAGGACAAAAGAACACAAGAUCCGCACCAGACGCUUAUAAUUGACGACUUUUGUCCUGCAGGGCUUAGUUGGGGUAGGGCUUGGGGGGUCCCCCCCCCCAGCCCCUCACCCUUCACCGGACUGACUUCAGAUGUCUUCCCUUUAACUCCUGAGAUGCAGGAGGAGGAGGGAUGUUUGCAGUUGUAUUUGCACUCUUGGGAGGCUGUUUUUAUAAAAAGCCAGCGACUUUGAAGUCUCUUUUCUCUGUGAGGACAGCCUCAGUGAACACUCUGUAAGGACGCCCUGAGCAGCAGGCAGGGGGGCAGACCUGGGGGAGGAGGUAGGGGGUGGGGCAUGGUCCAAGCCACAUAGUUGUAGUAGCCAUUUAAGAUAAUCAGAUACUUCUGGUCCAUCAGGGGCUUCCUCCGAGAAACCUUUGUUAUGCCAUCCAUGUUAUGCCUCCCCAAGUUCUGCACUGGGGUCCUUAGCUCUAUAUCCAUAGGAUUGCUCAGCUAACUUGGCCCUAGCCCCAGAGGACCUUGGGAAAUACAAGGAAAAGAGACUAGUAAACAGGGUGGAUAAAAAAGCCUCGAGGUAUUUGCAGGCUCAAAAGGAUGCAUCUCCACUAGUAUAAGGGCCUCAGGCUACAAGAAGAAUAGCAUUGCCCAGGGUACUGAUCUGACCAGCCCCUGUCUUAACUGAUUGGGGCUACAUCAUGAUACCCCAUUUCUCUUCUAUGGAAGGAAGCCCCCUAACAAGAUCAGAAGCCAGCCCAGACAGGCCAAGCACCCACUGGAGCAUAGUGUUAUUAGGGAGAAGAUGAAAGUGGGUACUUCAGGAUGGAGAUAAUCCAAAGCCAAUGUCGCAAUCAGUGUUAGUGAUGGAGACAGGUUUCUGAGACUCAGCUGGAAUCACCUGUAUUAAUAGCCUGUUUUUCUCCACAAAACCCUGUCCUAACCUCCUCCCACCCCACCUGCUCCCCAUACCUCUGCCUGGCUCAUCAAGUUCAAUACAGUACAUACUGUUUUGAGUAACAGUAACAGGGACCAGAUAGAGAAAUCUCACAGAUGGACUUGGGCCUGUUUCUUGGAAGCCAGGAAGGUUGUCUAGGACAACCCUAGUUAAACAUUUUCGAUGGGCGGCUGCACAGCUCACUUUCUGGGUAAAGGAGACCCGAACAGGGACCAGGAAAUGAUGUCAGUUUUCAGCAGCUUCCUUCUUUGCUCCGUUAUUAAGGUUUGCCAUUCACUAAAUCAUCCAGCUGCUCAGGCCAAAAGCCUAGUAGACCUGAUGAAUGAGAUUUUCUCUUUUUUCUUGUCCAGAGCUAAUGAGAGUAAGAGAUUAGGAAAGGAAAGGCAGUCUCUGUACCAGCCCCACUGUGAUGAAACCUCAGAGUCACUUUCCCAGGCAAGAGAAUUUAUACCUACCUGAGGGAGAGGAGAAACAUUCCCCCAGGUCCACUCCCUGGCAGAUGAUUUUGCAUGCCCGUUCCCUGAAAACAAGCCCACCCCCCAUAUGAGAAGAGUAGAGAUCCUCCCCCAGCCCUGGGGUUCUCAGAUUGUAUCACAGGACCUAGCUAAUGAGGCAACUGUCCUACCACCACAUGCACCUUCAUGUCUUUUUUCUCCCUCAGUCAUUUUUUUUCUCACCCACCUCCCAUUCUUUUCUCUUUUCUUAUAACCUUUCUUUCUCUCCUAUCCCCCAAUUCCUUAAGCCUGCCACUGCUCCCCGGGGACUCACUCAGCCCUAAUGAGGGCCUGUGAUGUAAAAGGCUUGCCAGCUCUUGGCCUAGGUUGUUCAGAAUAUCUAUAGAAGGCCAGAAAAAAGAGACCUAAUGCACUCAGCCAGUCCUGGUCAGGAGAGACCAGUAAAAGGCAGACACCUGCUGAGCCACCCAAUGUGAAGUAAUCAAAGGAGACCUUCUAAAGCUACAGAUAGGUGUGAAGAGAGUGGAUCUGGUCCCAAAGCUCUGGUAAAGACCAGGGGGAAUAGCUAGAUGUGAAUCACCUAAGAGCUAUGGGGUCAGAGAGGAAGAAGGGGAGUGUUGGAACUGAGGGAAGAAGGGGAUGGGCAGUGUGAAGCCAAGGCAAGGAGUUGCAGCGUGUAUAGGAGGGCUUUCUCAAACGACCUUUUCAUGGACAAGGUGCCCUCCAGGAGCUCUAGAGGCCUGUCCCCGUGGGCAGGGCAAUGAGCUCUUUGAAGGGUCCCCAAUAGGGCCAUGAGGCUGGCUUCCUCCAGUUCUACUGCACUAACCUUGUGAGCCAGGCUCCACUCUCAUGGCGAUAGUGUGGAAGAAGGAAAAUAUUAUACAUAUAUACAUAUAUGCAUAUAAAUAUAUUUUUAACUACAUAUUGUGUCAUGGUGGCUUCUGGCAUACGGUUUACACAGGUCAAUGUGUUGCUUUAAAGUGCUUCCUGGCCAAUUGAAAUAACCAUUUAAGCCGUUUUCUAUAUCUAGUUGCUGCUACUUUUACAGACUUGUGAAAAGUGCUUCAGAGAUUUAAAAUAAUAAUAAUAAUAAUAAGCCUAAACUCUGGGGAGCCAUCCUAAGGGGGUGAGAACAUGGAUAGGUCUAAGCAUCCCUCUGCCCAGCCUCAGAGAGCCCUGAAGUCCCCAGCCCUGAACCUGAGGCCAUUUCUGGCCUUCACCUGGUGAGCUGUGGUAGGCCCAGUUUGACCCCUGAAUGUAUUCAAGGGAACCUCUAAACAGAGGCAGCUGGAACGCUUCUUUCUAAGGCUUCGAAUUCAUCCCCAAUUGACCACAACUUUCUGAGAACGUUUAUGAAGCCAAGCCACACCUCCCAGUGGUCAUUUGAUUGAAGCACUUUUCCCCAGUGGGCCAGCCAACUGAGGGUCAGCUUUUAUCAUGGUUUUCCUUCAAGAGAGAUGAGAUUGCCUGCUAGCUGGAGUCUUGGGCAGUAGGCUGAAUGGUUUCAGUCCAUUUCUUUGUACUGCAGCCCAAAGCAACUCCUAACCUUCACUAAGUAAGACCAGAGACCCCCUGAGACACUGGAAACCCACCUUCCUCUGGAAUUCCUCUCCAGUUAAUUCAGUCUGCCUGUAUUUGUCUUUCUGUCAGCUGCUUUGUAAACUUAUAGUUUGGGGAUUGUCCUGUCCGUGUAAAUGUACUUGUUGGCCAAGGUGGUAUUUAUUUCUUAUUUUUAUUUUAUUUUAUUUUUCUAAGGGAUGGGAGAGCCUAGAAAUAUGUCACUUACUGAUCAUGCUUGGGAAAAUCUGCAAGAGGCAGAACCCCAGAUACCAAGGCCACCAGCCAGGGCCUACAUCAUGACGAGGGGCAGUGGGGAGGAGCCCCAAGUCUGGUCAGAAGUUUUAUCUGGCAGCAGGAACUAGUUACCUCUUCUCUUAUGAACCAACUGUCUCCACUUCAAGCCAUGGGGGAGGAGGGAAGGGAUUGACAGUGGGGAGGGAGAAUCAUCUGCCUGAUCUAAGAUGUCUUAUGUUAGGAGAACUGAGAAGGAAAGUGCACAGAGGCCAAGAGAUGGGCAUGUUCCCCUCUGCUGUAAGCAUUUAUACAGGUAGUCCUGAGGGCCCAUACCUCCCAGAAGUAUAUCAGUCAUCCCAGCAGGACCCAUCUCUGGGGGUUUAAAAGAUCCCUGUUAAAACUUCUUUGUCAACCUUAGGCACACAAUGGAUGACCUCUUUCUUGAUAUGCACCUCUUUUGAGCUGGACUCCUGGUACCAGUGGGUUUAGUAAUAAUGAAUCAAAAUCCUACCCUUAGACGUGUGUUUAUGUGCCGAAGAAGGGAUCUCUUCCCCCAAACAUUCAAACACAUCUAUCGGCAUUAGUGAGGACCUCAGGCGAGAUAUUGCUGAAGACUCAGGGUGGCUCAGAUUUACAGUAGCUGGUUUCAGUGUAGUUGGGGGGGACUUCUGGGUAGGCCAGAGGUCGAAUGCCAGGGUGAUGGGCAAAGGACAGGGCACAGGGGAGAGAGAGAAUCCAUAUGUGAAUAACCAAGCCAGAGACGGGCUGCAGAGCGACAAGCUGUCAGCAGAAAGUCUGCCGGGCACAGGAUUAGAUUGGUUCAGUUAAUGGGGAAGAAUUCCCAGACAGAAGGUUUGUGUUUCCUCACAGUCACUUGGCCCGUGUUUUUCCCCAAAAUAAUGUUCCUAUGCAGGCAAGUAGAAGAAGCUCAUCUGAGGAAGGCGAUGAUUCCAAAGGAAGGGAAUGAACUGAACUGAGGUGCUUGGGAGGGCAAGUGGUUGGUUCUCCAGCUCCAAGCAGAUAAGUCUGCAAAGGCUGAUCAUCCCCCAAAGGACUGGCCAUUUAUUUUCUUACAAUGACAUAUACUUUAUUUUUGCAACAACCCUCACACAGCAGGGCUCUGGAGAAACCUGCCUGGUCAGAGCUUCCCCCUCUGGGCUUACACUCAGUCUGGGACUUAACUGCUUGCCCCCUAAUUUCAUAGGGCUGGUCACCGGGGGCAUCCCCCCCGACUCCUGUCCAAGAUGCCCCAUGGGAAAGGAGGCAAGGAAACAGCUUCUAGGGAGGGCAGAGAAGGGCCCAACUUCCUCUAAUCCAACCAUGGAAUUGUGCACAUAAGAGAAGAUAGGGAAGAAUAUAAUAUCUCUAUAUAUUUAUUGUGUUGGAGAAGAUAACAUUUUAAUUUAAUCAUUGAUCAUAUUUGUUAAACUAAACGUUUUUGGUUUUUUUGCAAGAAAAGGCAAGGGGUGGGGUGGGGAGGACAGGGAAGCUGUUACAUAAGGGCCUGGGGAAGGGCGAAUCUCGUUGAGGACUUCCGACACUGAGACAGAGACAAGACCGUUCUGAAACACUGUAUGCUAUGAAAUACAUUGUCUGAGUAAUAAAUGUUUCAACCCUGACAUUUCACCACCCCUA